AUGCCGUCCUCGCCGCCGUCUCGCACGCCCUCUUCACGCUCCAACGGCCCCGUUGCCUCUGGAAGGACUUCGGCCACCGCCACUAACGCCCAAGAUGCUCCCCGCGGCCCGCACUUCGAGGAAACGCCAUGGAACACAACGCCCGGCGGCGGCCUGAAGCGUUCCAACACCACGCUCUCUAAGAAACAGAUGAAACGGGCAACCCGCACCCGCAAAAUCUUUGCCGUUAUCUCAUCCUUUUUCUUCUUCCUGUCUGCUCUUUUCCUCCUGCUUGUCGAGAUCGGCAACACGCACAACAAGCCCGUCCUCCGCGACACCUGGUUCAUGAAGCUCGAUCUCAGUCAUAUUGUGCCGACCUCCAUCCCCAACGCCACCCUGCUCAACAGCAUAGCCCAGACCCUCGGUCUCCACGAUUUCUACCAGGUCGGCCUCUGGAAUUUCUGCGAGGGUUACAUCAACGAGGGUGUGACGGAAUGCUCUCACCCCGAAACCCUCUACUGGUUCAAUCCCGUGGAGAUCCUGCUCAAUGAGUUGUUCGCCGGCGCAACCAUUGCUAUUCCCGAGGAAGCAUUGACCUACCUUGACAUUCUCAAGGUGGCCUCGCAGUGGAUGUUUGGCUUGUUCCUGACGGGAACUUGCUUGUCCACCCUGCUGAUUUUCCUGACGCCUCUGUCCGUUUACACAAGAUGGGCUGCUGGCCCAAUUGCAAUCUUGUCGUUGUUCACCCUGCUGUGCAUUUUCGUGGCCUGCAUCAUCGCCACGGCCAUCUUCAUUGUUUUCAAGAUCGCCCUGACCCAAGUCGAGGAUCUCAACAUCAAAGCAGUUCUUGGUGCCCAGAUGUUCGGCUUCAUGUGGACGUCGGCUGGUUGCAUCCUGAUUGCCUUCAUCAUCCAGUCUGGCCUCUGCUGCUGCUGCGCCAGUCGGAGGGAUGUCCGAACGGGCAGGAAGCUUGGCAGCAAGAAGGCUUACACCAUGCCGCCGGAUGGCGACCCGGAGAAGCAGACCUUAAAGCAGCGGCUCGGCUUUGGCCGGAACAAGGCAUAA